AUGGAGCCUCUGUUUGGGGCUUUGCUGGGUUUGAUUCUGGCAGUAGCUUCAUCAGCUCAGAACAACUGUACCUGUGUAACCAACAAGUGGACAGUAUGUGCCCAGGACGGAUCUGGGAACUGCACCUGCAGGCUGGUAGGUUCAAAUUGCAAAGUAGACUGUUCAACACUGACUUCGGAAUGCUUGCUGAUGAAGGCAGAAAUGAUCCCCCCGAAGGAGAAGCGCUUCCGGGGCUGUCCCCGUGGGCUGGUAGGUAAUGAUGGCAUUUACAAUCCAGACUGAGAGGACAGUGGUAUUUGCAAAGCCAGGCAGUGCAAUCAAACCAACACCUGCUGGUGUGUGAACACUGCUGGAGUAAGAACUGGAAAGGGGGACAAAAGCCUGAGUUGUGGUGAACUGGUUAGAACAAGCUGGAUCUCCAUUGAGCUGAAGCACAACAGGUCCAGAGCCUUUGAUGUUCCCAACAUAGCAAAGGCCCUGAAACAUCUGUUUGAGAGCCCAUACAAACUGCAUCCCAAGCACAUAGGAGCCGUUAAGUAUGAUUCCCCACUUACCUAAAUAUGCCUGAACCAGAAUGAGAAAUCUAGGUGUGAUGUAGAUAUAGCUGAUGUAGCCUAUUACUUUGAAAAAGAUAUAAAAAAAUUACUCUGUAUUUCAUUUGAACAAACAUUGACUGUCUCUGUCAAUGGAGAUACUCUGGAUAUUCAAAAACUGUGGAUUUAACAUGUUGGUGAAAAGCCACCAGAGUUUUGCAUGAGACAACUGGCUGCUGGCAUUAAUGCUGUGGUGCCACUGACUGCUGUAUUUGGCAUCACCGUGCUAAUUAUGCUGAGGUGGCUGAGGAUGAGAAAAUAUAAGAAAGUUGAGAUUAAAGAAAUGGGUGAAAUAAGAGCACCAAGCUCACAGCUACCCUGA